GGUGGGUUUCUACCAGAGUCAUAUGCACUCGUGUUACCUCUACUUGGGCAGUAUACUUGUGGAUGAGUACGGGCAAGAACCUGCCUGUGUUCCAGGACUUAUAGAUAUGUUACAGGCAUUUAUGGCACCAACAUAUACGAUUCUCCAAGAACCAUUGGGUCUGCGCAGUCAUCCAGACACAGUCGAUGAUUUCUUCAGGUUAUGCACAAGGUUACUCCAGAGAUGUCCCCUAGCUAUUCUUCAGUCCCCAGCUAUGCAGUCUAUACUACCAUGUGCCAUUGCAGCUGUUACACUAGACCACAGAGAGGCCAACGCUUCGGUCAUGAAAUUCUUCACAGAAGUCAUCCAGUGCGGAAAGGAAAGAUGGGAAUCAGAAGAUUUCGAACAGAGAAAAGCUGCUGUGAACGGCAUUUUCCAGGAGUAUGGCGAAGCCUUGAUGAAAGCUAUAAUGGAAGCGUGUUCGUUCUACCUACCAGCCUACCGUAUGCCGGAUCACGGCGAAGUUAUCUUCCAUUUGCUAGAGUACGAUAGAGAGAGCUUAUCAAAAUGGCUGGAGGCGGCUCUGAAGACUCUACCAACGGAGACGGCAGGUCGGGUCACGGCCACAGCGAAACAACUUAGUGAAUUCCAUAAGAAUAUUUGCAGUGCUGACGAGGAGAAAAAUGUCUGCUACGCCCUGCGUGAUUUCACCCGCCUCUACAGAUAGCCAACGCGUCGUCAUUGUCCGGGGACACCCUAAGCAAUGAGAGGAUUUUUUUUAACAGUUCUUUUUAAAGCAACAUUUUCUGAAAUUUUAUGGCAAGUUAUAUCGUGAACUUUUUAUUCCUGGUAAGUGACAUUGGAUCUGGUCCUGCUAUGGUUGUGUCUGUAUGCGGAGCCAUCACAGUCUACAUUAUUGAGGAUCGUAGCCCUAAAACACGUCUUACGGGCAUGUUACAAUAUGCAGGAAUCGUAUGAUGAAGACAGGGGCAUGAGGUAUUGUACGGACAUCCUACGAUAACGGCAGGAGAUUUGACGAUCAUCGCAGCUGUUUCAAUGAGACUUCUGCAUCGCUCUGUCUUUGGCCUUCCAGGGCCCCGUCUUGCGAAGAGUUAUGAUCGAUCCGUUCAAUCACAACUAUGGACGGCCAGCAACAUCAUCAUCUAAAAUGCAAAUUUGUUUCAAAUAUUUUCUAGAUAUGAUGUACAUUCGUGCAUUUAUCGCUCUCUUGAAGAUUCAGUGUGAUUCUCUUUGUUUCAAGGAGAUUGUGUGAGAUCCCUGUAGAAAAAAAUUAUGACACUGAUGGAUUUCCAGAGUUACGGUUGAUUGGAUCAAGUGUAACUCUUUGUUAGAUGGGACCUGGAUCUGCAAGGUCCAACACCUGAUAUUGAAUGCCGUAACUGAUGGAAACACAAAAAGGAGCCCACAGCAUCCUGCGGUGCCACCGAAAAAAUGUAGACUAAUCCUCUGUACAAUGAUCUUAGCAAUUGAAAACAAGGUAUUAGCUUUGACUGGCUUGAAUAGAGUACAGCAAUUGUAGCUGGACCAAACUGCAUGAAGCCUUAUGUAAGCCAAUCUUGAAUUAUGUUGAAAUUGAUUCUUAUGUUCUUAUUAUUCCUGAAGAGGAUCCAGUGGCUUGUUGCAGACAGAGUUGCAAUCAAUCGCAACUCCAGAAAUCAAAUACAACUUCAUUUUCUACCAGUCAAAAGCGUGCAUGACUUGCGAUUGAUUUUUUUUUAAGUUGCGUUCAACAGCAACUCUUUAUUCAACAGGCCCCUGAGGACUGUCUCAUGAGACAUAUGAGUGGUGAUUUUCAUUGACAACAGUUAUAAGCUAAUGAAAUCCUUGCUUCUGAUUGGCCAAAUGCAAAUAUGUCAGUGAAAGUCACUGACUAUAUGUUUUAUGAAAUAUUCCCCUGUUUUCAUAUACAUGUAUCUUGGCUAGCCUAGUGAGUUGGUCAAUGCUGAAACAAUUUUAUAAUGCUGGGCAAUUCCAUAUGAUAUGUACGUCCGACACCCAAUAUGUGGGACCUUCAUGAAAUUUUCUGUCUCUGAUCUUUAUGUUCUUUUGACAGUCUGUAAUGCUCUCAAAUGACCAUGACUUGGUUAGUUUAUGACGUGAAGUAAAAUUCUAGAAAAAUGGGGGUCGGACACACAAAAAAGAUGAUUAUGUAAUGGAAUUGCCCUGCUGUUAGUUUACGUUUUUAAUGGUGUAUACAUGUACUUGUGUGUGAGGAUGAUAAAAAUGAUGGUCUUUGACCUUUUAAAUCAGGAUGCGAUGAGAACUUCAGGCAACAAGCAGUGACGGAUUCUUGUUCAACAUUUGUCACACCUUCAUUUCUUUGGCCCUUGAAACUCUGGGUCCCGUAACACAAAGGUUUGUGAUUAAUCGUUCGCUUGAUUUUCACGAUAGAUUGCACAUUUUAGUCCAUGUAAUCAAUCGUAGAAAACAAGUUCUACGAUGAUUGCUAAGGUUUGUGUUAUGGCUCCUGGGGCCCAUUUCAUAAAGGACUUGCAACUGUUGUAACUUUGCAAUUAUGGCAGCUACCACAAAAACAUUGAUCCUGAUUGGCUGCUGAGCCCUGUUACCAUGGUAGUUGCCAUUAUGGCAAAGUUACAACAGUUGCAAGUCCUUUAUGAAACGGGCUCCUGGUAUAAAGUUGUGGUUAACUAUGGAUAGCCAAUUGUGACAAAUCUCUAACAGUAGAGGUUUGUACAUGUAGUAUCAGCUCGUUUGACUCGCAAAUCAUUCUCAACUGUCUGGGAAGGUUGAAUAAGAUAAUUGUCCGCACCAUUAAAGAAUUAGGAAUUAAAAAAAAAACAUACCAUGUAUACAAAUUUUGACAUUUUUGGCUUCCCAUACUUUUAGCACCGAAUGAGACUGUGGUCUAAGUUAAGCCCGAGUUCAGGAUACGGGUUUGUUUUUAAUGUGGUCAUUGCCCUUCAAAGUCUUGAAAGUACCCGUAGUAUUUCUUGAACAGUGAUGCUAAAAAUAUACAUUUUUAGUGCUUUUAUGUGCAUGGAGGAGGGAUACAAUUCAGUCAAAUUGAUAGAGAUUUUCUUUUGCGUAGCCUUAGAAUUCCAGUCUUUAUUGAAUACUUUAACGCAAAAUUAAGAAUGUGGGGUCAUGACUAUGUGUUAUAAUGAUAUUAUGUUUUGUUCCGAGCCAAUUUUGGGGUAAAUGUAACAUGUAAUGAUUUCUUUUUUAAUAUUGAAAGCUUACCAUUGUGAAUGCUCAAUGAACGUCAAUGAAAUAUCAAUACCUGUAUAUUUCAGUACUGAAAAACGCUUGAAAUCUCGUAAAUCCUGAAGUACAAAAAUGAAACAAACCAAUUUUUAAUAAUUUGUUUUUUCUUUAUUCCAAUGUAUGUUAAUAAUAUUCUUUCUCUGAUGCAGGUCAACUGUGUAUGUGAUUGUAUAUGAAGUUAUUUUCUAUUCUAGAUAAAUGUGUAAUUUCAGCAUUGUAAACCAAACACAUAGGCCCGUAUUCUGAAGACGGGUUUAACUUAAACUCAGGUUUAAAGUUGUGGUUUAAGUAUGGACAGCCAAUUGUUACAUAAUCACUAACAGUAGAGAUAUCAUACUUCAGCUCAGAUCAAUCGGCUCUCAAAUCAUUCAUAAUUGUGUAGGAAGUAUAAAUAGAUGAUUGUCUUCACCAUUGAUGAAUCAGGCAAGAGCACAGUAAACAUAAGAAACAUACAACUUAAUAAAAAUUUUGAUACUUUUGGCCUCCCAUACUUAAACCACUACUUUAAACCUGAGUUUAAGUUAAACCCGACUUCAGAAUACGGGCCAUAGUCUCUUGAAAUUGCAUCACAACCACCCUUUUUAUUUACUCUGAUACUCAUGUUAUUUUCCAAUUUCCUAAUUAAACCACAUUCAGUAAAAGAUAUUAUUGACAUUUCCAAGGACAGGCCGUCAAUCAGUUUUGGAGUUGGUCUUGUGGGUUGACUAGCAUACAGUGCACUCCCCCCCCCCCCAAAAAAAAAAAGCUUCCCAAAAUUUAAACACACAAUUCAACCAUGGUUUAUGUUAAACUGGACUUUAGAAUAUGAGCCAAUGUGUAGAAAGUUCUGAAUCUAUCAUUCCCUUUAAUUAUUGCCCGAGAACUAAAACAAGUGCAGCCUCUAUGUCAUAAAAUAAAAGUAUUAAUAUACAUCAGUUAAUAAUGCUGUCGUAAGGCCUUGUCACAUUGUUCUGUGCAAGCUUUGAGUGUGACUUUGGGUAAGUAUUUUUGUUACCCGCAGGACGCCCGCAUUGGCAGUGUCUCGCGCAUAUCUCACAUGCAGUUGCCCGCAGAAGCGCAUGCAAGUCUGAUUUGCACGCAGAAACGUUUGUUGCGAGUGAGUUGUAGGUCCCCUGCAAGGCUUGCACGGAACGAUGUGACAGGGCCUUUAACAUUCACCUUUUUUUUUCUAAAGGAAGCUCAGUGUUAGAGGCCAACUAUUCAAUAAAGUACCAGAGUAACAAAUUAUGGCUAGUAUUUUGAACAAAAGUUAAGGUAACAUUCUAAUUCUCUAUUUUAAAAGCAUAUCUUGAGUUCUCACAUUUGUAUACCGAUUUCUCUGGUGACUUGUACAAACUAUACAUAUGAUAAAGCAUAACAAAAAGCAAGAACGCUCACUCCAGGCAAAAUUUUAAUUUUGAGAAUAAAGGCUUCCCAAAAACAGGGUUGAUUUUUGUUUGCAGGCAAUAUUGGGUUUUGCUUUUUUUCAUCAAUUUUUGUCAAUGUAUUUUGGAUACUUAGUAAGUGUUUGACCCUAAAUCAUGUUUUUCAUCUAUGUCUGUAAAUUUAAUGUUCUUGUUUGAAAUGGCUGGAUUUCAGACUAGCAUUAUGGCUGAUUUCAGGCCUGAAAACCUCCCUUUUCAGGUCUUUUUUAAGGCUUUUAGUGUAUUUCCAUACAAACCAUCAGGAUACAAAAAUCAUGAUUUACAAUGUAAUCAUUAAUCAUUUAAGGGGCCUUUUUCCACUUUCUGUACGGCUACUGUAGGGAACCUGUGUUUGUGCCAUUAUUUUUAGUAAAAGUAAAAAUUUACUGAAAUCCUAUUCUUUGCAUACCGUGAAUUUCUUAAAAUUUGUUUAAUUCUGAUGAAAACUGGAGAUCUAAAUUAAGGUUAAAGCAUAGGCAUCCAAAUAAGGUUCAUUUGAUCAGCAUCUCCCAGCUGAUUAAGUCUAUUUCCAGCCAAUUUCAAGAGAAAAUGUUGUCGGGUGAUUUCACACCCUUUCAGCGCACGCACAUUCUUUUACAUUACUAUUAAACUUUCCCAAAAUCCUCUUUAAUGCAGUUCUUCAACAACAUAAUCUCACCCCCAGAUAUCAAUUUUCAUCCCGUAAACACCUCGCUUACGAGGGUGGUAUAUAUUAUACAUAUAUCAUAAUCUGUUGUAAAGUGUAUUAUUGUGAAUAGAUCCUGUUAAUACCAUUUCAAAUUGGUUGUGCCGUUGAGGAAGAAAACACUCCAGACUGAACUAUGUUAACUCUGUCCAGGUAUUUAAAAAAAAUCUUUUUAUAGUCUCCUGUGCUUUCUAGUUUAUUCUUCGUCAUGUCCGUUCAUUUUUUGUUAGUAAUUUUCUUUAUAUCCCUUAUUUUUCUUUAUAACCUGUUUCCUUUCUCUUGGUAUUUUUUCUUCCUUCCUCUUCUUUUUUCUCCUUUUCUCCUCUUCCUUCACUCCUUCCUUUCUUCCUCUCGGUAUCUGCCAUUCUUUAGUUCUUCUUCCUAUCAUGAUCUUUAUCUUGGCGUUAUGCUGUAAUUUCAAUUUUGUUAACAAUUAUGAAAAAAAAACAUUAUCUCGGAUACAAACUGAAUAUACGUGAAAACCCUUCAUCAGGUCAAUCAUGCUAAUAAACUUGUUAACACACAUGUACAUUGUGAUUGCCAUGCGCGUAUGUUUAUUUCAUCCUAUGUGCGGUUAUAUGAACUUGGAUGGAUUUGAAUAAAUUAUUGAUAUCAAGUGCUUUUGUAUACAAUGUAGAA